AAACGGCAUAGCAUAACCAAGGUUGGCAUAUGUGAAGGAUAGCUAGUUUUGAAACUCAAUUACGUCAUCUGGUUUACUGUUUGGUUUUUUUUGCAUACGUAUGAAAUUAAAGAUUACGUUCCCUUUUCUGAUUGGUCGAAAUCACCUCAUAUAUUUUUUAUUAAUUAGUUGGUUAUUAUGGAGAAAUGUGACAUUCGACAGUGACAGAUGUUCGGUGCGUCAUCGGUUACUGGUUUCUUGAUCUUGUUUUGUGUAAAUAAAUGCGAUACUUUUGAUGAUUUCGUAGAAAAUGUAAUUGUUAUUGCUUUCCGAAAUGUAUUUUUUAUUUUUACUUGUUAGUUCACUAAGUUUUAUUUCCUGUACCAACAAUGACAUUCCUUCAUUGCCGUAUUGUCCCGAGACUGAACUUGGUUUGUUGAUAAUUAGUACAUUAGACGGGAAAAUAUCGGUUUUGAAUUCGAGUGGUUUGCUAGUUUGGAACUUGGAUACUGGUCCUGGGCCCCUUCUUGUAUCCAGCAUACACAAUUUAGAACUCACGAAUAGUGGAGAAUGGAUAAGAAUCAUACCUUCGUUGACUGGAACCCUGUACAAAUUCGACGGCAAAACUGUCGAUCCAAUACCAAUAACUACAGAAGAAUUGCUAAAGUCCUCUUUUCGCUACUCUGAUGAUUUGGUUAUAGCAGGUGGUAUAGAAGUGAGGACUUACGGAGUGGCUUUUAAAACCGGCCAAUUCAAAUACGAAUGCAACUCUUCCAGAUGCUCCAACACCGAUGGAAAUGAAGGCGAUGAUGUUCUUGUGAUAGAAAGGAGCAUGCACACCAUUAGAGCAGUCGAACCGAGAACCGGUAACGAAAGAUGGAACUUCAGCGUGGGUCUCCACAACGUGAAACUAUCGAAAAUAAGUUGCAUCAACACGAAUUCCCAAUUGUUCGAUUGGAACGUAUCCGCAAUAUUGCCGGAAGGUAUAUUGAAGGCCUCCGUUAUCCACAAAAACGUCGAGACGUCGUGGACCUACAGGUUCGAUUCGCCGAUCGUUCGAAUAUGGAGAUGGUCCGGGAAAAAUCUAAGCGAAAUCGAUUUGUUCGCUACGCGCAAUGUUCCUCAAGUCGUUACCACGGGAAAUUCAUUUUCCCUCUAUUUAGGAUUACAUAAGAAGCAGUUGUACAUUCAUGAGUCGUCAUUUAUGCAACACGCUGUGAGGAGAAAGAGUUCGACGGAUUUGGCUGUUAGCGAAAGCACGAAGAUUGCUAAGAUACCGUGGAAACCGAUAGCCGCUUCGACGGAGGGCAACAAAGCGGAUUCCACGGCAUUGUCAGUUCUAAACGUUCCCGAUAUCGAAGAUUUAGAGCAGGGAUUUUACCUUUACUCGGAGGUGGAAGUGAAAGAGAAACCUAAUCAACUGUGCGACGGUAACGAUAGCUUUUUGGACGAGAACGCCUUGCCCCCGGCCAAAACCACUAAAACGGAAUCUCUGUACUACCUGGUGGUUCCUUGGUACUGGAAGGAAUUGCUCUUGAUGGUGAUAACCCUUUUCAUAGGUUAUUUCCUAUUUAGAGUGAGGCAUAGCAAAUUCAAAGAGGUCAUAAUAAUCGAGAAGCCGGUCGCUCAUCCCGUCACUACGGAACGCAGAAUAUCCGAAAGGGACAGCGAAGUGUUCACGUCGCGAUACAUCAAUGACUUCGAGACGCUACAGUGCUUGGGAAAAGGAGGAUUCGGCGUGGUUUUCGAAGUCAAGCAAAAAAUUGAUGAGUGUUCGUACGCUAUCAAGCGAAUUACGUUGCCCAACGAAGAAAAAGAUAAAGAUCGAGUAAUGCGGGAGGUUAAGGCGCUCGCGAAGCUCGAACAUCAAAACAUCGUGAGGUAUUUUAAUUCCUGGGUGGAAAACCCACCUCCCGGGUGGCAACAAGAGCACGAUUUGAAGUGGUUGGGAAAGUUUAGUUACGAAGAGACCUACACUGCUACAGCUACAGCUACAGAAUCGAAAGGAAGGAGAGGCAAAUCGAUAUCGAUAAGCAUAGAAGAAAUAGGACUGAGGAAUUACGAUUCAGAAUUGCCGGGAUUGCCGAGCAACGUGAACGAGCCGGACGAUGAUGACGACGAUUCGUUCAUCGUGUUCGAAGAUAAUUCGAAAUCGGCAAUGAAUUGUACUAAUUCGAACGAGGAUCUGUCCGUGCAACAGAGUACAAUGAAUUCCGAAUCGAAGGAAACUUCCUACGCCGAGCAUUUGCGGAAGAAGAUCGAUUGGAAACGUCCCGACAGGAAGCACCAUUCCUGGGAUAUUUCUCAGAAUAAUUUAAUCACAUUAGAUAAUCCGGAGCCGCCAGUAUUUCUGUACAUUCAGAUGCAGUUGUGUCAGAAGGAGAGCCUCAAAGAGUGGCUGUCGUCGCAUCCUCAAAGGGAUUACAAUUUCAUCAAAGAUAUUUUCUAUCAAAUACUAGAAGCAGUGGAGUACGUUCAUUUGAGAGGUCUUAUUCACAGGGAUUUGAAGCCAAGUAAUAUAUUUUUUUCGCUAGAAGGCCAAGUAAAAGUUGGAGAUUUUGGUUUAGUCAAAGACAUGGAAGAUGCCUUCGACUUGGAACUGAUUAAAAAGGGCUCGUCUCCUUCUUAUAGGGGACAUACCAUAGAAGUAGGUACGCAAUUGUAUAUGAGCCCUGAGCAAUUUUACAGUCGCAUUUAUGACUAUAAAGUCGAUAUUUACUCGUUGGGUCUCAUAUUUUUCGAAUUGCUGGUGCCGUUUCAAACGGAAAUGGAAAGGAUUAAAAUGUUGAGCGAUGUCAAGAAAAAUAUUUACCCGCAAGGAUUCAUUGAAAAAUUUCCAGACGAGUACGAGAUAUUACAAAACAUGCUGUGCAAAGAUCCCAAUAAAAGACUUACGACUAUUGGAAUAAAAGCCAGGCCCCCAUUUAACAGAGAAGAUUCUGGGUAUUCUGAAGAUUGCCAUUACAGAUUAUUAAAUUUUCAUAAGAAUUAAUUUCCAUAAAUAUUGUAUUUUUUGUAAGACUUGGUUUCUUUUUAUAUUAUAAGUACCUGUGAUAUAUUAGUUUUUUUGUUUUUUCUUUUUAUAUAAGUUUCAUUUCAUAGAUAGCUUUGCAGUUUCAUAAUAAUUGAAUUGUACCUUAAUUUUUUAG